AUGUCUAAAAAACAGAAGCAUACGCAAAAAUAAACCAAAAAAGUCCAUUCUCAAGACAUAAAUGAGAGUGACUAAUCUAAUUUCUUCUCCCUUCUUGCCGACGAUUACACUAAUAAUGGCAACAUCAAAUUAGCUUAAAAAAUACUAGGCGAUUACAAAACUCUUCUUGAGUAUCACCCAAGUAAAUUUUGGGCCACGCUCUCUUACAAUUUAAAUCUCCAAAAUUCCUUAGAUCUCUUCUUGAGACACGCACCAAGAAAACACUUUCUCAAAGAACCCUUGCAUUUCACAGGAUACUAUGGUGUGUUAAUCAAAGAGAUCUUCAAAUGCGUCUUUGCGAUCUAUCUCCGACUAAUAGAUUUAUAAAAUGAAGAUGCAAUUCUAUAUGAAUAAAUUGGUGUAUACGAUUUGGUAUACUAAAAAUGGAUCUUUGACAUCAUGAAAUUGACUGAUAUCUGCACAAUAUAUGGGGAACAAAACGAUCAUGGUGUCAAGAAAAUUUGCCAAUUUGUAUUCAAAUAUCAAGCUUACCAAGACGAUUACAAAUCUACUAUAGAUUCCUUUAUGAAAAAUGUUCUUGGGAAUAUUUAUGAGGAGAUGUUUGCAAUAAAUAAUAAAUCAGCAAAUGAAAAUGAAAUCAUUAUUAAUGAUGUCCAACGAAAAAUGGAGUUGCUCACAUUAAUUUUAGAUUCCAUCGAAACUGCUAUUGUUUGGGCCAAAUAUUUCCCAUAACAACAAUAUCUAUUUAAAACAGAAGUGAUGUAAUGUUUUGAAUAGAUUUUUUAUGAAUUAAUUCUAGCUAAGGGAUAUAGUAGAGGAAUCACACAAAUCUCAGGUGUUUGGAAACCUUAGUUUUUAUAAAAUUUACAUCACUUCCUGAAACAAGCUGUGUAAAGAUUUAUAGAUUUCUUUGUUAUUUAUUUUAAAUACCUUGAGGAAUUGAUAGUGACAAAAUAGAUAAAAUAAGCUCAAGAGCACAUGAAUUAUUUGAUUCAAAAUUUUGGUAUUAUAAAAAGGAAGUUUAAAUUUAAAAAGGUAAAUUCAAGCCAAAACAAAGAAUGGAUUCUAUUUGAAGCUCUUUAUGAAAAUGGUUUUAACAUGAUUGAGUUGUUAAUGAACACACCAUGGAAUCAAAUUAAUCUACCAAAAGAGGACAUUGAAGAAGUAACUCUUCAAAUGACAACAGUAAUGGAGGAGAGAGAAAGACUCAAAGGUAAAGCCAAUAAUACAGAGCCUGAGAAUUUUGAUGCUUUUGAAAAUUUCGAUCCAACCUAGUCCACAUUUGCCGUUGAUAUUAUGCAGGCAAUAGAAUAAGAUGAGGCUGAGAAUGAAGAAUAGACUAUGCAAAUUGAAGAAGAUUAACCAAUUCAAGCAGAAGAGAAAUUAAUUGAAAUAGUAUCAAAAAAGAAAUAAAAAUUGGCAUUUGAUUAACCAUUAAAGGAUAGGAUUGAGAUGGCUGAGAUCACAGCUAAGCUUUACAAUGAUGAGCCUGAUGAUACAUAUGAUUAUCAGGAAGCAUUGCAAAGACCUGAAAAGGAAUACAAAAGUAGCGAUGAAGAUGAGUAUGAUGACUAUGUUCCUAAUGAUCAUUUUAUUAGGUAUGCAUAACCUUCAAAGAAAUCAAUAAAUUCAUAGAUCAAUUCAGGACAUAGCAUGAGUUAUUAGAAUUUAGAUAAUAAUAAUGAUAAAUAGGUAAAAAUUCUCAAGAAACCGAGCAAGUAGUAAUAACAAAUUAAAUAACAACAUAAUGAGCCAGGAUUCAGUGAUGAGGAGAAUGAUCAAUUUAGAAGAGAUAAUGGAAACAGAAAUAACAAUAACAAUGAUAAUCGUCAUUAUUAAGAAAAGCAUAUAAAAGUACAUGUUAAGGAUAAUCAUUACCAGAAUAACAAUGAUGAAUAUCAAAGAAAAAACCAAAACAAUAAUAAUUAACAAUAUAGAAAUAAAAAUAGGAAUCAAGAAUAUUCAAGGAAUGAUGAUGAUUGUUAUAAAAGGGACGACUAUGAUCGGGAUGAUAGGCCUUAAGGAAAUUAUGAAUAGAAGAAGGUUCUUUAGAAGGAGAGAAACAGAGAUGGGGGAUAUGUUGGAACUAACAAGCCGAAAAUUCAGUAAGAAUACGAAGAGAAAUAAGAGAGUCAGCAAAGAUAACCGUAUGAGCAGAAAUAAAAUAAUAAUAAUAAACAUCAAUAAGGCAAAAAGAAUUUGAACUCUAAGGCUAAUGAUUAAGAUCUUUAUGUUCCGAAAGAGGAAACUGCAAAUAAAGAAUACUAAGCCUAAGAAUAGAGGUAAGAGAAGAAGCAUCAAAGAGGCUAAAAGAGAUAUUGA